GAUUGAGAUCCUAAUUGGGAAGUGGUGGAACCGAGGGUGAAACCCCAGAGGGACGAUGUUCUACUAUCCCAACGUGCUUCAGCGCCACACUGGCUGCUUUGCCACUAUCUGGCUGGCAGCUACGCGCGGCAGCCGGUUGGUGAAGCGUGAGUACCUUAAGGUGAACGUAGUGAAGACCUGUGAGGAAAUCCUCAAUUACGUGCUGGUGCGAGUGCAACCUCCGAUGCCGGGCCUGCCGCGGCCGCGUUUCUCCCUCUAUCUCUCCGCGCAGCUCCAGAUAGGUGUGAUCCGAGUCUACUCUCAGCAAUGCCAGUACCUCAUUGAGGACAUCCAGCACAUCCUGGAGCGCCUGCACCGUGCCCAACUACAGAUUCGCAUUGAUAUGGUGGAGGCUGACCUACCCAGUCUGCUGCUUCCCAACCACCUGGCCUUGAUGGAGACCCUAGAAGAUGCUCCAGACCCCUUUUUUGGGAUGAUGUCCGUGGAUCCCAGACUUCCCAGCCCCUUCGAUAUCCCUCAGAUUCGACAUCUUUUAGAGGCUGCAACUCCAGAGAGAGUUGGUGAGAAGACCCCUCCUGAAGUCUCUACAGAGCCCAGGAAGCCAGACAGGAUCUUGGUUACUGUGCUGUCUCCUGAGGCCAUCACCCUCCAGGAGGCAGAGCCCAUACGUAUGCUGCAGAUCGAGGGUGAACAGGAUCUCCCGGAGGUCAGCCGCCGAGACUUGGACCUGCUGAUUGCAGAGGAGGAUGAAGCUAUCUUGUUAGAUGCAUCCCAGGAAGGCAGGCCUAGGAAGCGGAGGGCUCGUCUGGCUCUGGAUGAAUCCAAGGAAGAACCCCGUGCCAUGGAGGGUGACACUGUAGUUUCCGUGCUUUCGCCUCCAGCUCCUGCACAGGUAGAAGGAAUAGGAGAGCCACUUCCAGGCCAGGUCCCAGGACCUGAGGAACUUAAGCUGACAGGCUGGGAGCCUGGGCCCCUGAUCACUGAGGUGACCCCUCCACAGGAGCUGCGCCUGCCGGCCCCACCCAGCCCAGAGCUGAGGAGGCCCCCACCUCCUGGGAGCCCUCCUACUCGCCGACGCCGACGCCAGUUACUGUUCUGGGACAAGGAGACACAGAUCUCACGAGAGAAAUUCCAGGAACAGCUGCAAACCAGGGCCCACUGCUGGGAAUGUCCAAUGGUGCAACCUCCAGAGAGGACCAUCGCAAGCCCAGCAGAACUGUUCCGAACUCCAACUCUCUCUGGCUGGCUACCCCCAGAACUACUAGCUUUCUGGACCCGCUGUGCCCAGGUACCCCCAAAAAUGCUCAGGCGAAGGCCAACCCUGGAAGCUGAAGAGGAGGCUGAAAGGGAGGCAGCAGCAGAGGAGGAAAGAAGAAGGGCUGAAACACUAAGUGAGAUCGAGGUCCUAAGGGAGGCCCAGGAACCCAGUGGUCCCCUCAUGCUAUCUUCAGAACUCUCCCUAGAAGCAGCAGAAGAGGAAAAGUCCCGCAUCAGCCUUGCCCUGCCAGAAGAACGGUGGGCCUGGACUGAGGCAGAGCAGCCAGAGCCCCCUGCAUUGCCAGUGGUGCCCGAGCUCCCAGAGGUGCCCGUGGAGAUACCUUUGGAACUGCCCCCAGAGCCUGAGCUGCUCUCAUUGGAGGCAGUGCACAGGGCAGUGGCAUUGGAACUACAGGCCAACAGGGAGCCAGACUUCAAUAGUCUGGUGUCACCUCUCAGCCCCCGCYGGAUAGCCUCCCGGGUCUUCUACCUACUCCUGGUGCUCUCAGCACAGCAGAUCCUUCUUGUGGAACAAGAGAAGCCAUACGGGCGCCUUCUGAUUCAUGCAGGACCCAGAUUUCACUAA